AUGUCUUUCCUCUCAACAGGCAAGCUCCAUUCGAAUUAUGUUAGGGGUUCUUUCGCUUUUGCCAGAUCUAGAGAGAUACUACAAGUCCUCCGUCCCAGAUUCCAUCGCCGCGGCCAUCUGGUUCACCGCGAUGGUAGCUGCGAGUGCAACCCCAAUCAAGGGCGCCGGAGGCAGGCAAGGCGGCAAGAGGAAGAAAUCAUACCGAAAUCCGUCAAGGUGACGCUCCAAUUCCGGGUUGUGCGCUUCGCUCGUUUUCUGAAGAAGGGGCGCUACGCCCAGGCCCAGCGUAUGGGCACCGGAGCGCCCAUCUAUAUGGCUUCUGUGCUCGAGUACCUUGCCGCUGAGGUGUUGGAAUUGCCGCUGAGGGAGAUUUACAGCUCUCAUAUGUUAGAGUCAGCUAGGCCUAUAAUUGAGUGCUUGUUUAGUUCAAACUUGCGGCAUUCACGUGAUCGAGUGCGGCUUCUUGAGAGAAAGUUAUACUUGUUGAUGGAAAGCGUGAUCAGAAAUGAAGCAAAAGAAACAUCCACUCUAGAAAUAUGUAAUAUUGAUGGAAGAUGGUGCAUAAGCUCGGUUGCUGCAAGGAGUCCAAGUAUUCAGGGAUUAUUGCUGGUAAGUGGUGCAGGUGCAGGAAACCUCGUGGAGCCACUCUCUGCUGUUCCUCUAAAUGAUGAGCUGCAGCAAGCAAGAGAAUCUGUUGCAAAGGCAGAGCAGGAGGUUCUCCUAAAGAUAACAAAGAAGAUGCAAAUAGAUUUGAAUGACAUUGAAAAUAUAUUCAACUGCAUGAUUCAGAUAGACACGGACUUGCUAACUGGUGGUACGGACCCCAUUGUGAAAUCUAGGAUUGCAAAAAAGUUGCAGGGUAAAAGGAUGCAGAUGCUCAUCAACCCAUGGAGCAUAGGAUGUAAACAAUAGGACUUGUUUCCUUCUUUCAUUUUCUUUCUUUUUAGGAAGACACUUCGAAUUAUAUGUUUAUCAAUGUAUCUAUCAUUGUAUGCGAUACAUGAAAAGAUUGUAUUUCAUAAUUCAUU